AUGAUGACAAGAACUUUCGCGUUUCAACUUCUUUGCGCUUAUUUCAUCUCAUUUCCAAUUCAGUCAUCGCUGGCAACUUCGCAACAACGAGAUUCCACGCCCGUGGAUGGCUCAGCUAUAGUCCAAGCCGCCGUGGCUUUUCAUCAACCUAGAUUGCAGGCGGCGGAAGAGCUCUUGAACGAGAUAUCGGAUCCCACGUCGAAGCGAUUCGGCUCCUAUCUCGAUGCAACGCAGCUGCGAGAUCUCUUUGCCCCUUCGACGGAAUCCGUGGCCGCCGUAGAGGAAUGGCUGAAGCAAGGCAAUGUUUCGACGGAAAGCAUGCGCCUACGGACUACAAGUUCCACCCUCGAGUUCAAUGCAACGAUUGAUCAAAUCAAUGCCCUGUUCUCCACAGCGCACUACACGUCCUUGCAUCCAGACACCCAGGAAGUUCAGCUUCAUCAUGACGAAUAUCUGAUUCCUCAGCACGUGCAAAAGCAUGUCGAGCUCGCAAUGGUCUCACAAGUCGAACUUCCAAAGUCAGUCCUUAGAAGGCAAAGUCCAUAUUCGGGCRACAGAACUGGUGGGAUCCCUGCCUACAAGACCGUUGCGGGAAAACAUCACACCACCAAUUGUAGUGAAAGUUGGACACCAGCUUGUAUUCGAGAACUCUAUGGUAUACCGACUCGUAGCAACCAAACUCGCGUGCCCAAACAGAACGACAUUGGCAUCUUCGGCUUUGGCGACAUCUGGAACCAAACCGACCUCAAUAAAUUUUUCAAUCAAUAUGCGCCAGAGAUUCCUUCCGGAACGACGCCAAAUGUCCACUACAUCAAUGGCGCCGAGGACGUCGCCCAGUACAUCAGCGGAGAGGAGAGUCUCGACAUUCAGAUGGCAUAUCCGAUUGUGUAUCCGCAGAAAGUCACCAUCUUCCAGACACCUUACAACGGCAAAGGAGGAAUCGCAAACGACUUUUUAGAUGCUGUAGAUGCAUCGUACUGCAACAAAGAUGGAGGUGACGACCCAGACCUGGACCCAGUGUACCCAGCCUUUAUGGGAUUCGAAGGACCUCGCAUGUGCGGCGUUUUGAACGMCACAAAUGUCGUAAGCAUUUCCUACGCACCAGACGAGUCCAGCUUAGGCGCAAAAUAUGUCCAACGCCAAUGCAACGAAUGGAUGAAGCUCGCACUGGCCGGAAUCACUGUGCUCGCUGCAGCAGGAGACCGCGGUGUUUCGGGCAACUUUGGCUGCAUCCUCAACCCUGACAAUUCGAGCCUGUCGGCGUUUAACCCAUUGUUCCCAGCUUCGUGUCCCUACGUGACGGCUGUUGGCGCUAGUCAAGUUGACGUGGUGGGGGGUAGGUGGAAUCAGGUUGCAAUCGAUGAUCCAAAACACAAUUUCUGGGGAGGCGGUGGAUUCAGUGGCGUCAUGUCCCGUCCAUCCUACCAGACCAAAGCUGUAGAGUCAUACCUCUCGGUCAACGACCCGAAAUACCCCAACGGUACCUUCAACCGUGCCGGCAGAGCCUUUCCCGACGUAGCAGUCCUCGGUGCAAACGUUACGAUUUCGGAUCUGGGUGAAUUCACAGUCAGUGGUGGCACGAGCGCAGCAACACCGAUAUUCGCUGCGAUGAUCAACCGCAUCAACGACGAGAGGAUUCUGGCAGGCAAGAAAGCCAUCGGAUUCCUUAAUCAGAUCUUGUAUCAACAUCCCGAGGUGUUCACAGAUGUAAGUCUCUCACCCUCCAAAGUUGACGUGAUUUGA